AUGGCAUAUAGAAAUGCUCUAGAAGCUUUAAAUCAAAUCUUACAGAAUCUUAUAAAAGCUAUAGAUUCUUUUUUUGAACAUUUGCCUUUUGGAAAUAAAGUUGUUAUAUUUGGAGAUGAUUUUUGUCAAAUUCUUUCCAUUGUAGUAAAAGGUAGCCAUGAAAAUAUUAUAAGAUUCUGCUUAAAAUGCUCACUUCUCUGGACUAAUAUUGAUGUUAUGUUUUUGAAAACUAAUAUGCGCCUUUUAAAUUUUACUAAUACUUCUAAUAUUUCUAAAGAAAAUGAGUUCACCAAAUGGCUUCUUAAAAUUGGUAAAGGUCUUAUUCCUACAAUUGACAACCAAAGUAAUACUAUUUAA